UACAUACAUAUAUUGAUUUAAUUGCUUUUUUUUGUGCGAAAAGUUGGUGUUCAUUUUUCAUUUAAUUGAGGGUUAUUAAAUGGACAAAAAUAAUAAGAUAAAAAUAUUUAGAAAAUUAUACUAAAAACAUAUCUUAUUUUUCACAUUAAUACAUCUUGUUUUUGGAUCCUUAUUAAAUUGUUACAUGUAUACAUUUAUUAAAAUAUGUCGUUUCUCAUAUUCACAACUUUAGUUUUACUUCAAAUAUCAUCAGGACUCUGCUAUUUGGACUACGACAGCUGGUUAAGUAUAGAAUUGCAGCAUGCAAUUGAUCCAGAAAAUUUAGACAAAUUCACUUUCCGCGGUAAUGUUACGAUUCCUAGCUUGAACGUUGGGACGUCAAACAUUGUUCAGGAGCCUUUAGGUUUUAAUGACAGGCAAAAUUUAAAAAGACUUGCGCAAACGAAUCAAUUUUACAGGUUGAAAGGUAUUGUCCUUUUUAACGAUGGUACAAAAACUACUUAUUUAACAUCUUCAAAAGCAUGUACAUUGGCAACAUCUCAACUAACGGAUAUUCUUUGGAUAUCCGUAGAUAGUAUGGGGUUUGUAACUGCUAUAACUCAAACAGUAAGUGGAAGCGCGGAUUGUACUGGAACGAAUAUUUCAACAGAAGAUCUUGAAAAUUUUAAUACUGAUAUUUUGGUUAAGCAUAUGGAAUUGGCUCCGGUGCCGGACACAACAACUUUUAUUCAAAAGAUGGAAAGGGAACGAGAAGCUCGGGAAAGAGGUGAAAUUCGCGAUAACAGAGGCUUUUUCGCUAAAUAUUGGAUGUAUAUUGUGCCAGUAAUUAUUCUCAUAUUAAUAUCUGGAACAACAAAUCCGGAGGCUCAAGCUUCAGGCGGCCGUUAAUGUGUAUUUGCAUAAAAUUAGGAAAAUAUAUGUAUGAUUAAUGAUUUCAAUCAAACGGUAUUUUAAUUUUAAAUUAAAACGGGCUAUGUAAAUAAAUUAUUAUAUGUAUGUAAUUUUCGAUAAA